GGAGGGAGGGUGAGGAGGUGAACAGAGGGUGAAGAGAAAGAGCUGAGGGAGAGAGGGAAAGACAAAAGAAAUAGGAGGAAAGGCAGAGUGAGGGAGCAGAGAGUGGAGCUGUAGGGAAAUGUCUUCGGAGGAGACGGCUGGAGGGGCACGCAAAGCCACCAAGAGCAAACUGUUCGAGUUCCUUGUCCAUGGAGUGCGUCCUGGUAUGCCAUCAGGACCACGGAUGCCCCAUCAGGGGGCGCCAAUGGGUCCUCCAGGCCCACCAUAUGGAGGAAACUCUGCUGUUCGGCCUGGGCUCACCAGCCCGGCGGUGGAGUCCAACCGCAAGCGUCCCGCACCCUCACAACAACACAUCCAGCAGCAGCAACAACAGCAGCAAACGGGACAGAACAGAAACAGGAAGAAGCCGGUGGGAUAUCCUGGAGCCAGUGAGAUGCCAGGGAGACAGAUGGACAUGAGAGAGGCCCAAUCAGAUCCCACACUCGGAUCAAACACCAAGAGGAGGAAAAUGGCUGAUAAGAUUCUUCCACAAAGGAUUCGUGAGUUAGUCCCUGAGUCGCAGGCUUAUAUGGACCUGCUGGCCUUUGAGCGCAAACUGGACCAAACCAUAAUGCGCAAGCGGGUGGACAUUCAAGAAGCACUGAAACGACCCAUGAAGCAAAAGCGCAAACUGCGACUCUACAUCUCCAACACCUUCAACCCAGCCAAGCCUGACGCAGAGGACUCAGACGGUAGCAUUGCAUCCUGGGAGCUACGGGUAGAGGGAAAGUUACUUGACGAUCCAGGAAAAGUGAAAAGGAAGUUUUCAUCCUUCUUUAAGAGCCUGGUGAUUGAGCUGGACAAAGAUCUAUAUGGACCAGACAACCACCUAGUGGAGCUGCUGAGCAGCGGGGCUCAGUGGCAUCGCACACCCACCACUCAGGAGACUGAUGGCUUCCAGGUGAAAAGGCCGGGCGAUGUCAAUGUACGCUGUACCCUGCUGUUAAUGCUGGAUUAUCAGCCUCCUCAGUUUAAGUUGGAUCCGCGGCUCGCUCGGCUGUUGGGUAUCCACACUCAGACCCGCUCGUGUAUCAUCCAGGCCCUGUGGCAAUACAUCAAAACCAACAAGCUGCAGGACUCCCAUGACAAAGAGUAUAUCAACUGUGAUAAAUACUUUCAGCAGAUUUUUGAUUGUCCUCGACUGAAGUUCUCCGAGAUCCCUCAGCGUCUGACUAACCUGCUGCUUCCCCCUGAUCCCAUCGUCAUAAACCAUGUCAUCAGUGUGGACCCAAACGAUCAGAAAAAAACAGCCUGCUAUGAUAUAGAUGUCGAAGUGGAGGAUCCACUCAAAGCCCAGAUGAGCAACUUCCUGCUCUCGACAGCCAAUCAGCAGGAGAUUGCCUCUCUUGACAACAAAAUCCAUGAGACUAUCGAGUCCAUCAACCAGCUGAAGAUUCAACGAGACUUCAUGCUUAGUUUCUCCCGAGAUCCCAAAGGUUACAUCCAGGACUGGCUGAAAUCCCAGAGCAGAGAUCUUAAAAUAAUGACAGACGUCGCUGGGAAUCCAGAGGAGGAGAGGCGGGCAGAGUUUUACUACCAGCCCUGGUCUCAGGAGGCAGUCAGUCGCUACUUCUACUGCAAGAUUCAACAGCGAAGGCAAGAGCUGGAACAAGCCUUGGCUAUGAGGAACACCUAGACCAAACCCAGACACCAGCUCUCAAUCUGACAACACUUCUACAGUCUGAGCCACACGAAUAUCCUCAUUAUUGCCACAUUGUUUUCUACACUCAGCGUGUGUGUUUGUACGUGUGUGUGUGUGUGUGUGUGUGUGUGUGUGUGUGUGUGUGUGUGUGUGUGUGUGUGUGUGUGUGUGUGUGUGUGUGUGUGUGUGUGUGUGUAUGUGAGUGGGUGUGUGUCUCCUUGUGUUUUAGUCACUGUGACCCAAGGCCCAAUCACACACAGCCAUUCCGAGGACUCCUCUUUCUGACUCAGCUAGUCAUGGUGCUCUGCCUCCUAAUAUAUUUUAAAAUCCCAAACCCAGUUGCCAUAUUCUUGAUCCUUAAUGCUGCUCUUUAAAAUGUGACACAAGUGUCAUGUACUUCAGAGAUGAAACACCAGUCUCCCAAGUGGAAGCAUGUCAUGAUUAGUCCAACAGAAUUUCCUUUGAUACACCUUUUUCAACGAUUUAUCAGUGUUAUUGCUUUGAUCGUUUUAGUUCAUAUUUAGUUUGUUCUCUCUCGAUGUAAAAAGCUCUUCAGUAAGCUGCUGCUUAAUGGAGUGUAAAUCUUGGACAUGUACAAAUGAUUUAACUACCUAUAUUAGAAGUGCGUACCCACUUUUUAUAUGAAUGACAGCAAACUAAGCUGUGACUAGGAUAAGAGCUACAGAAUAUGGAUGGAUGCGACAACGUGAGGUGAUGGCAAGUAGUAAAGAGUUACAUGACAGCUUGGUGUCAGAUUUCAUUUUGCUCGGUUGCUUUUAUGAGUGUUUCUAAGUACCUGUGUGGGAAAAAAUUGUCUGACAUCCAUGCAUGCUAAUUAGUAAUUAACUACUUUGUAAAACAACAGUGGUUAGGAUGAACUACAGUGUUAUUCAGAAGUAGCGCUGAAGUUGCAGUGUUAAAGCGUGUCUCACGGCCAUGGAGCGCGUUUUUGUUUCAUGAAAGUCAGUCAGAACUACCGGCAGCCAAGUAUGAAUGAAAAAUUACACAUUUGUUCACCCCUGGACUGUCUUUAGCUAUAGCUACUAGUUCCCUCGUCCUGACUCUGUGUUCAUUCCGUAUUGACUGUAAAGCAAUCGACUGGUCAAUACACACCACCUCCAAGAGGUUGGAGUUUCACACCGUAUUCCACCACAGAUACUCUUUAUUCUAAUCUCUAAUCUCUACAAAAAUAUAGAGCAGUUCUCAGACUGAUGUAGGUAGUUAAUAGGGAAAAGUUUGUGCAUAUGUAAGAAUUACUUCGUACUAAACACUAAAGACAAUAUAAAGCGGAGACACAAUGUAAUUUUUAUUUUUAUUUUAUUUUUUAUGUUUUAUCAGUAUUAUAAUGAUGUAACUUGCUCCAUGAUUCAGAUUUUUAAAGAUAUUUGAAGAGUCGCAAAAGUUCAGAGAAUGAAUUGCUAAUUUAUUUUUCCAUUAACUGCAACAUGUAUUCAGACUAAAAGCAGCAUAAAUCCCAACCUUGUUCAUUUAUGUUUCUCCAAACUUAACAGAAGGAGAAAGAAGGAAAGCGAUGUAAUGUGUAGCCAAUUAGCUUUUAUACAGCUUUUUCUCAAAAGUAGAAAAUGCCUCUCUUUUUUUUACGUUCGAGAGCUUCCCAUCUAUAAUCGUUGUUUGACAUUUACAACUGUAUUGGCACAGUCUAAAAGCAGGGACUUUAUUUAAAUCAUAACCAAUAAAACCCCAUGAAAGCACAUGGUUUCUACACGAACAGGAAAUUGCGACUUGCAACUCAAAACGAUGUGGAACCUGUCACAUACGAUUUAGAUCAUGCGAUCAACUUCUCCUAAACAAACCCAUGCGGUUUUAUUGAGUCAAGUUUCUAUGAAGUAUAAUGAGCUAUGCUGCUGGCCAGCAGCCCAUGUGUGAAAAUCUGCUUUCUCCAGCUGAAUCUUUUGCAUUGAAGACAAUUACAUGAAGAUAAUCAAAUGAAGAUAAUUAAACAACUCAUACUUGAAGUAUUGAAAUUGGAAAGUAUUUUAAAACACGUUGUUCUGCGAGAUCUUUAACCUACGAUAAAGGGGCGUGUGAAAAACUAAUUAUUCUAAUAUGAAGCACAGUAAAUUGUUCAAAAAUUAAUACCUUUGUUUAAAUACUUUAAAUCAACAGACCACAGGUCAGGAUUGUAUGAACACUGAAAUGAUUUAAUUGAUAUCUUGUGAUAUUAAUAUCAGUGGGCCCAAAUUCUCUGUUUACUGUACAUGGAAUUAUUAACAGUACUGAUAUCGUAUUCUGUCUGUUUUAUGGCCUUCAUGGAGGAUUUCUACCAGAGGCCUCAGCAGCUUAGGUUUAAAGUAUUUAUUAUGUAAUUUCACAAUGAAGGGCACUGAGUAAAUGCUGUAGAAACAUUAAAUAUCAUGUUUAGUUUGUAGUUUAAAAAGAAAGAAAGAGAAAAAACACCUCAGUCGAGUACCAAUUUUUGCACUAAGUUGUUAAUCAUGAGUCGGUCAUUAAAUAUUGUUCGCUUGACUCAAGGGAACAAAACGAAGGAAAAGUUGACCCGUGCUUAUUUUGUUAGUCGAUAUGUUGUGUACUGUAUCACUGGUGUAAGAUUGUCCUCACUCUCCAGUGGCUGUGUGUGUUGGUUUCCAGACAGUUAGAGGGUUUACAACCAGGUAUAAAUGGAUCCAAACGCAUCAACAUCAUCUCAUUCACAGUUUCAAUGCAGCCUCGGUCAAAAAUGAUCUCCGGGGUUCAGCAUACAUUUUCUUAAAAGCCUAUGCAUGCUGCAUGGACAGAUUUUUAUACUUUCAUACACUGAUGUUUAACACUCUUCAGACUGACAGAGGAAAGAAGAACAACGACUCACAGGAGGUCAAAGCUAUAAAAAAAAAAAGGACAAAUGAUGACCCAUUGUGGUCAGCUACUGUGUUGUUGUUGUUUUUGUUUUUUUUAAGUCUUCUCUAUUGCUGUUGUCUUGUCUUUAUAAAAGACUUAGUGAUUUUAGUAUGGAAAAAAGUAGCACACAACAGAUUUCUACUGUACCAAGAUCCAGCAUCCAGGUUCUGUGUAGUUCAUCAAGACGAGAGCGUCCCCUACUGAAUCUUCUGAAUUACAGCAUCACCGUAUCACAGACCAUGCUACAUUUCAGCUUUUUUCUUAGCUUAACCACUGUGUGAAGCCUUAAUUGCCCACUAUUUCUGUUCUUUUGCUGUUUUUUCAUUCCUAAGCCCACUAGCCAUCAUCACUGACUCAACUAGUGGAGUGAUGAAGCCACUACAGUCUAAAAAUAUGUCACUAAUGGUGUGGUGGUGGUGUCAUUGUUGUUUUAAUCAAUUGUUCUAAACAAAUGCAACCUAUUCAUGUGAUACAUAUUUCACCACAGCGAUGACACUGACAUGUCGAGUGGGAGUUGCACUGUUAGGUUGAAACACCACCCAAAAAUAUCCCCCAAAUUAUGCAAAAAAUUACUAAAAGUAACUCGUGUAAUCCUUUGAGCCUAAUGCACAGGUAUGCUUAAUGGAAGAAGUUGUUCUUCUACAUCGGCUUACUCCUGCAUGCAAUUCUUUACUCACGUCUGUGUUUCAAGUCAAUUUCCACCAGCUCUUGAUGCCAGCUGUGGCCUGUAUUUUAAGUCUGAUGUCAACACAGAGCAAUUUGUAUGCAAUGGAUGCACAUGAUGUAUUAACCGAGUGGUUUUCUAGUGAAUGUUAAUGAACCUUCUGAACACAUGCAGUAGAGUGAGUAGGGUGUUUCUGAUGCUAUACUAAGGUUACGUUUCUCACUCUAACUGUUCUACUUUUUUUUGUUGUUGUUCCACUUUCAACAGAGAGAAUCACAAGUGUGGAUGUAAAUAAAAAAAAGCGCCUGCCAAAGUUUGCAAAAGAAACCAGA